AAAGAUAUACAAGCUUCACAAAAACUUCUCUUGAGCUUCAUAGUCAUGGCUUCUCACAAGCUACUCCUCUUGGCCUUGCUUGUUGCACUCCUAAGCAAUACAGGCAAUGCUGCUCGUCGUCAUCUCGAUACUCCGGCAGCGCCGUCGACGCCAACAACGACACCAACUAUUCCAAAUAUACCCACUAUUCCCACUAUACCUACUAUACCGACUAUUCCAACUAUUCCGACUAUUCCGGCAGUCCAAAUUCCUCCAUUGCCAUCUGUACCAAAGCCUACAACACCAGGAAUAGUUAUUCCUACAAUACCAACAACCACAUUGCCUCCAAUUCCAUCUAUUCCAUUGCCAACCAUGCCUACCAUUCCAAAGAUCAGUAUUCCUCCACUGCCUUCUUUUCCAAUUGUUAUUCCUACUAUUCCUGGUUUUAAGAUGCCACCUUUGCCUUUUUUGUCACCACCUCCUGCCGCUACUAAGCCUUAAACUCUCAGUUGCAUGCAUUGAUUUGGUGUUGCUUGAGACGUAGCUUAUUUAUUAUUAUUAUUAUUAUUCAGUGUGCUGUUUGUGGUUGUGUUUGUAUUUGUCAUGCAACUGGUGCGUUUAGAUCUAUUUAUAAUAUUGCACUUGAGUGUGGUUUGUAUUUGUGAUGUAACUGGUGCAUUUAGAGCUGUCUGUAUUGUUGUAUAAUUGAGUGUGGUUUCAUA